AAGCAGGCAGUCCGCGAGCUCUAGCCGCUGCUGCCGACGCCGCCAGCAGCAGCCUUUGCGAGUAGCGCCGCGGCGGAUCCGGGCGCAGGGGAGCUAGCCCGGCCCCGCCAGCCCAGGCCAGUCCAGCUCGACUCUCUCUCCACGCCGGGGCAGUAGCAGCAGCAGCCGCCGCCGCCGCCCGGAGAGAAGGUGGAGGAAGAAAUCCAGCCCCUAGCACGCGCGCACCAUCAUGGACCAUUAUGAUUCCCAGCAAACCAACGACUACAUGCAGCCCGAAGAGGACUGGGAUCGAGACCUGCUCCUGGAUCCGGCCUGGGAGAAGCAGCAGAGAAAGACGUUCACGGCGUGGUGCAACUCCCACCUGCGCAAGGCCGGGACGCAGAUCGAGAACAUUGAGGAGGACUUCCGGGAUGGCCUGAAGCUCAUGCUGCUGCUGGAGGUCAUCUCAGGGGAGCGCCUGGCCAAGCCGGAGAGAGGCAAAAUGAGGGUGCACAAGAUCUCCAAUGUCAACAAGGCCCUGGACUUCAUAGCCAGUAAGGGAGUCAAGCUGGUGUCCAUCGGAGCUGAAGAAAUCGUGGAUGGGAAUGCGAAAAUGACCCUGGGCAUGAUCUGGACCAUCAUCCUUCGCUUUGCCAUCCAGGACAUCUCUGUGGAAGAGACCUCGGCGAAGGAGGGGCUGCUCUUGUGGUGUCAGAGAAAGACAGCCCCUUAUAAAAACGUCAACAUCCAGAACUUCCACAUAAGCUGGAAGGACGGCCUUGGCUUCUGUGCCUUGAUCCACCGACACCGGCCUGAGCUGAUUGACUACGGGAAGCUGCGGAAGGACGAUCCCCUCACAAAUCUGAACACGGCCUUCGACGUGGCAGAGAAGUACCUGGACAUCCCCAAGAUGCUAGAUGCUGAAGACAUCGUCGGGACCGCCCGACCGGAUGAGAAAGCCAUCAUGACUUAUGUGUCCAGCUUCUACCACGCCUUCUCUGGUGCCCAGAAGGCAGAGACAGCAGCCAAUCGUAUCUGCAAGGUGCUGGCCGUCAACCAGGAGAAUGAGCAGCUCAUGGAAGACUACGAGAAGCUGGCCAGUGAUCUGCUGGAGUGGAUCCGCCGCACCAUCCCGUGGCUGGAGAACCGGGCGCCCGAGAACACCAUGCAGGCCAUGCAGCAGAAGCUGGAGGACUUCCGCGACUACCGGCGCCUGCACAAGCCGCCCAAGGUGCAGGAGAAGUGCCAGCUGGAGAUCAACUUCAACACGCUGCAGACCAAGCUGCGCCUCAGCAACCGGCCCGCCUUCAUGCCCUCCGAGGGCAGGAUGGUCUCGGAUAUCAACAAUGCCUGGGGCUGCCUGGAGCAGGCGGAGAAGGGCUACGAGGAGUGGCUGCUGAAUGAGAUCCGGAGGCUGGAGCGGCUGGACCACCUGGCAGAGAAGUUCCGGCAGAAGGCCUCCAUCCACGAGGCCUGGACGGAUGGCAAAGAGGCCAUGCUGCGGCAGAAGGAUUAUGAGACGGCCACCCUCUCGGAGAUCAAGGCCCUGCUCAAGAAGCACGAAGCCUUCGAGAGCGACCUGGCCGCCCACCAGGACCGCGUGGAGCAGAUCGCCGCCAUCGCACAGGAGCUCAAUGAGCUGGACUAUUACGACUCACCCAGUGUCAACGCCCGGUGCCAAAAGAUCUGUGACCAGUGGGACAAUCUAGGGGCCCUAACCCAGAAGCGGAGGGAAGCCCUGGAGCGGACAGAGAAACUGCUGGAAACCAUAGACCAGCUGUACUUGGAGUACGCCAAGCGGGCUGCACCCUUCAACAACUGGAUGGAGGGGGCCAUGGAGGACCUGCAGGACACCUUCAUCGUUCACACCAUCGAGGAGAUCCAGGGACUGACCACAGCCCACGAGCAGUUCAAGGCCACCCUCCCUGAUGCCGACAAGGAGCGCCUGGCUAUCCUGGGCAUCCACAACGAGGUGUCCAAGAUCGUCCAGACCUACCACGUCAACAUGGCGGGCACCAACCCCUACACAACCAUCACGCCUCAGGAGAUCAAUGGCAAAUGGGACCAUGUGCGGCAGCUGGUGCCUCGGCGGGACCAGGCCCUGACGGAGGAGCAUGCCCGCCAGCAGCACAACGAGAGGCUACGCAAGCAGUUUGGGGCCCAGGCCAACGUCAUCGGGCCCUGGAUCCAGACCAAGAUGGAGGAGAUUGGGCGGAUCUCCAUCGAGAUGCACGGGACCCUGGAGGAUCAGCUCAACCAUUUGAGACAGUAUGAGAAGAGCAUUGUCAACUACAAGCCCAAGAUCGACCAGCUGGAGGGCGACCACCAGCUCAUCCAGGAGGCGCUCAUCUUCGACAACAAGCACACCAACUACACCAUGGAGCACAUACGCGUGGGCUGGGAGCAGCUCCUCACCACCAUCGCCAGGACCAUCAACGAGGUGGAGAACCAGAUCCUGACCCGGGAUGCCAAGGGCAUCAGCCAGGAGCAGAUGAACGAGUUCCGGGCCUCCUUUAACCACUUCGACCGGGACCACUCCGGCACGCUGGGCCCCGAGGAGUUCAAAGCCUGCCUCAUCAGCUUGGGCUAUGAUAUUGGCAACGACCCCCAGGGAGAGGCAGAAUUUGCCCGAAUCAUGAGCAUUGUGGACCCCAACCGCCUGGGAGUGGUGACCUUCCAGGCCUUCAUCGAUUUCAUGUCCCGGGAGACGGCAGACACAGACACAGCAGACCAAGUCAUGGCUUCCUUCAAGAUCCUGGCCGGCGACAAGAACUACAUCACGGUGGACGAGCUGCGCCGGGAGCUGCCCCCGGACCAGGCCGAGUACUGCAUCGCUCGAAUGGCCCCCUACACCGGCCCUGACGCCGUGCCCGGUGCUCUGGACUACAUGUCCUUCUCCACGGCGCUCUACGGCGAGAGUGACCUCUAACCCGCCCUCCCGGCCGGCGCCUUAGCCCUGCAGGCCCCUCCCCGCUCCUCCGCUGCCCCUCCCCCGCCCGAGAGCUGGGACCCGGGGCCUCCAGCCUCCCUGCCUGCCCAGUGACAGUUUACAAAAUUAUUUUCUGCAAAAAAAAAAAAAAAAAGUUACGUUAAAAAAAGUAAAAAACCAAAAAACAGCAUAUUUUAUUAUAGAAAAAGUAUUUUUUUCUUCACCAGACUUAAAUGGAAAAGAGGAAAAAUUAACUAUUUGCACCAAAAUGUUUUGUGUUGUUGUGACAUAGGAAAAUAACCAAGCACAAUGUUAUAUUCCAUCCUUUUUAUUGAUUUUUUUUUCUAUCUGUUCCAUCUGCUGUAUCCAUUUCUCCAGUCUCAUGUCCACCUUGAUGUGGGAGAGGGGCAUGGGGUGGGAACAAUCUUGUCAGAAGGCACAUUGGUGCAUGUGUGUUUGCUAGCUCACUGUCCAUGAAAAUAUUUUAUGAUAUUAAAGAAAAUCUUUUGAAAUGGCUGUUUUUUAAGGAAGAGAAUUUAUGUGGCUUGUCUCAUUUUUAAGUCCAGAGGUAUGAUUGAC